AUGGGAUCUCAGGAGGACCUGCGCGCGGCCGUGUGCUGCGGCUCGACGGAGGCGGUCCAAACGGCGCUGGCUGCAGGAGCACGCGCUGACAUCGGAAGCAACGGCUGGUGGCCGGUACACACAGCAUCGUCCAUGGGACAUUUAGGAGUGCUUCAGCUGCUUUUGGAGAAGAGAGCUGAUCUUCAUCAGCCCAGUACCAGGCUCCGUGCCUCGCCGCUGCACCUGGCGGCGAAGGAAGGCCAUGCGGCGGUGGUGGAUCUGCUGCUGGAGCAGCGGGCAGAGAUCGACGCUAGGGAUCUCCACCGGCGAAGUCCUGUGAGUUGGGCGUGCCAGAAAGGACACCUGGAGGUGGUUCAGCUCCUGCUGACGCUGCGCUGCGAUGUGACGCUGGCCGAUGAGGCGAACGCCACGCCCUUCGACUGGGCCGUGCAAGGCUUGAGCUAUUUGGGCGACAAGUAUCCGAAUUACGAGAAGAUCCUUGCAUUCUUGCAAAAGCACAAAGCCCAGGUGCAAGGGAAGAGCGUGGGGCCAUUGGAGCGCUGCCCGUACCCAUCGUUCAUGGUGAAUUACAUCGAGAAUCGCCGCGGGCGCUGGCAACGCCACAGCAAGGCCAUAACCAGGGAGGAGAUCAUGGGAGAGAAAGAGAGGAUUGACAUGAAAGUCUGCUGGAAGUACACACCGGCCAUGGGCGAAUCGGGUCCGAUGGCACGUCAUGUGGCGCAGGUGGGAACCUUGUCCCUUUUGGAUCCCAACUCCAUGAGCGACUGCUUAGUCAGUUUGACCUCACUGGUGAAGAAGCAGACCACUCCAUAUGCUCCGAUGAUCAUCUCCUUCAGGACCGCGACUGCGGAGACGGGAAAGCGCUACACUUCCCUGGAGGGACGGAUGCGUCUUCGGAUCUACUUUGUGAGGACAGUUGCUCUAAAAGCUACCUUCGUGGAUGGUGCAGCCAUCGAGGAAAAUCAGGGUGAAGACGAGCUGAACGAGGCCAGGCAGUACAUCUGCGGCAAGCUCUUCCGCGAGGUCUGGUCCUCCGACGAGCUCAACGGCUUCCCCAUGCCCAGAGGCUGCUACUACAAGACUUACGGACAGACGCAGGAGUUGAACAUCCUCUUCGAUCGAAAGAACGGCUUGGCGCCGGGGAAGUACUACCAGGUGGUACUUAGUGGAGUUGCCAUGGAUGAGGAGAGUGUCCGGGUUCCCCCUCCGACGUCGCAGGACGUCGAUGUGCAUCCCUACCUUGCCUUGGAACGGGGCAUUGCGCCCUUGUACCGCUCCCCGCAGGACGCGGCCUAUGGGUCACAAGGCGUGAAGUUUGCAGAGACCGAAGGGGUGAAGAUCUCCAGUGGCGAUGGUACAGAGAUGUUAGAGCUGAAGGGCGGUACCGAGUUGAAGCUGGUGUUGAAGGGGGAUCCCUUGGGUGGCGGCAUCAGUGCGUCUGCCAUCCUUCGCAUCUUCUUAUGGCCCCUGACGCAGUGGAACGUGGCCAAUGCCUGCACGGUCUCGUGCAUCGCACACGACCAGGUCUCAGCACCGUGUGGUGCAGUGCAAGACUGCAAGGGAGAUGCCAUCAUUCCCAACUUCCACCAGAACUAUCUGCGCAUCGUCUUACCCUCGGCCAUGGCCACCAUCACGGAGUUUGUGAGCCACACCUUGGUCUUUCCGGAUUUGGUGCUGCCCCAAGGAGGUUUCUUCUCCACCCGCUUGGCCGCACAGAUUUCGAAGGCGGACGACACCAAACCGCACUACACGGAGAGUUCCGGGGACUAUCUCUACAAAAUGCCGGACGAGGGAGUGGGUGUUGGCAAACUCGUGGAAUUUUACGGAGACGGCGAUCAGCGACCCUUCCGAGGGGACCUUCUCAAUAUUUUGUACGCCAAUCUGGUCCUGCCAGCCACCCUCUUUGCAGCGGUUCAGACAGCAGAUGCAAGUCUGACUCUCACACUGCCUGAAGGAUACGAAUGCGUGCGCACAGCGGAUAUCAAUGGCGAGAGCCCUUGGAGAGCAGAGGAUACCUUGGGCGUCUUCCAAGACGAGAUUCCACAGGGGACCGGAUCUUUGGAUGAAGGUGGUGGCACCAGGGGUUGGUCCGUGAACGGCAACGUCUGCUUGUUCACCCUGCGACAGAAUGCCGUGGUCUACGCUGGAAGCUCCCUGUACAUCAGGGUGACAGCCAACAACCCCACGACGGCCUUGAAGCGGACGGACGCGGCCAACCGUUGGCAGGUGACGUUGACCAGCAAGGGCUAUCACCAGUACUACGUCACCUUCCCUCCAGUGAUUUUCAACACCAUCAUGCAGAACUUCAGCUCCAAUACG